AUGCCCGCCAGUCAGGGCCAGAGGGAAUCGACCGUCUACUCUCAGGGCCGAUCGCCUUCGCCCCGACCGUCGCUAUCCCAAUCCUCCCAGCACCGUCGCGGUUACCAGGCCUGCGACCCCUGUCGACAACGCAAGGUGAAGUGCGAUCUGGGGAGCGUCGAUAACCCCCGUCCCCCGCCCUGCGUCCGUUGCCGCCGCGAGAGUAAGCGAUGCGAGUUCUCCGCCACGAGACGGAAACGCAAGGCCUCCGAGGUCGAGGAGUCCCGCGAGGAUUCCCUGCAACGUGAUAAACGGAUGAUGGUCGGGGAGGUCGUUGCCGAUGCUUCCCCCGGUCACGCGUCGUCCUAUCCUCCUCCCACCCCGGCCCCCGACGCCGCGAUCGAGACGACGACCCGACCGACGUGGCCCGACAGUCCCCCCGUCCCCCCCCCGUCCCAACCACCACCCACCUACCCGGUGAAGGCGCCUCCGGCCCCGUCGACACGGUCAUUCUCCGAGUCCCGCGGGUCUCGACUCAUGUAUCCUGGUCCAGUUCCGGGCGCGGGGUCGGGGUCAGGGUCGGGGGCGGGUCCGGGGGCGGGUUCCGGGUAUGGACUCGAGGGCGGCCAGCCGAUGAUGAACCGCACCGCCGUCGAGCUGCUGUCGCCCGCGAUCAGUAACAGUCAUGAUGCGCUUCACUUGCUGUCCGAAGCGGCCGGUCGGACGGAGGAUCUCAAUCGCCAGAGCCGCGAGAAUCGAUACGCCGCCCGCCAGUCCGUCUCGUCCUUCAACUCGCCCAUGUCCCCCAUGACCCAGGCGGGGACGCCGCACAGUGCCGGGGGUUCGUUCUCGCGGCCGCCCCGCUCGGGCGCCAUACAGGUCGGUCAGUACUACCAGGCGGGCGGGUCGGAGUCGAUGGCUGCGCCGGGCGCCGCCGACGACCGCGCGCCGCCCAGUACGUCGUCGGCGCCCCCGCGCGACCCGGGCUUCCAGGACGCGGUCAAAGCGUGGUCGCGGUUGCGAUUCGUCCGCGCGGGCUGGCUCUCCGUGGAGGAAUGCAUGGCCUAUGUAGCACACUACUACGAGCAUCUCGCUCCCCUGAGUCCCAUCGUCAUCGCCGACUUUGCCCCCCCGUCCACGCACCGUGCGCUGCUGACCGACGAGCCCGUGCUGGCCGUGACCAUCCUGACCACGGCCUCGCGCCACAUGAAGCCCAAGGGCGACGGCGCCUACACCCGCGCCUUCUACAUCCACGACCGGCUCUGGUCCUACCUCCGGGGCAUGAUCGAGCGUCUCUUCUGGGGCCAGGAGAAGUUCGGCGGCGGCGGUGUCGGCAUCAGCAAACCGCGGUCCUUUGACCUGGCCGCGCCGGCGACCCGGAGCCCCGCCAAGGGGAACCUGCGGUCGCUGGGCACCAUCGAGGCGUUGCUGAUCUUGACCGACUGGCACCCGCGGAACCUCCACUUCCCGCCCGGCGACGACGAGAACGCGCUGCUGGACUUGGAUGCCCACGCCCAGCUGGGCCGCGCCGACCGGGACCAUCACCACCCCGAGGUCGACCUCGACCACGGCCCCCACCGCGCCCCGAUCACCGCCGCCGAGGGUCGGCUGGCCUUCCAGAAGUGGCUGGAGCCCGCCUGGCGGUCCGACCGCAUGUCCUGGAUGCUGCUGAGCACGGCGCAGGCCCUCGCCUUCGAGCUGGGCGUCUUCGACCAGCGAAGCGAGGCCCGCGUCGCCACCGAGUCGGCCGCCGAGCAGAUCCGCAAGCGCCGCCUGCGCCGGCUCAUCCUCGUCUACAUCACCCAGAGCAGCGGCCGCCUGGGCAUCCCCUCCAUGCUGCCGCUCCCCCAGUGGACCAACGACAUCCAGCCGACGGCCGAGCCGGGCGCCGACGGCGACCAGGCCGUCGUCGACCGCAUGCACGACUGCUGGAUCGGCAUCUCCAAGAUCAUGUACCAGAGCAACCAGCUGCUCUUCGCCUCCAACGAGCAGACCUCGGAGCUCAUCCGCAGCGGCCGCUACCGCGACCAGAUCGACCGCUUCCAGCCCUUCCUCCGCGAGUGGCGGCGCGACCUGGACUCCAUCCACCUGGCCCCGGCCAUGCGGAGCAUCCUCAUGAUCGAGUACGAGUACACCCGGCUGUACGUCAACUCGCUCGCCCUCCAGGCCGUCGUGGAUCGCUGGACCACCAUGUCCAACGAGGCCGCCCAGGCCAAGCCCGCCCCGUCCGGGAGCGGGGGGUAUCAUGUUCUGAUGGAGCUGUAUCGUGUUAACGAGCCCUACAUCCAGGAGGUGGUCGACGCCUCCCGCCGCAUCCUCACCACCGUUCUCGAGGUUCUUGUGCCGGGGGAUCACCUCAAACAUGCCCCGGUCCGGACUUGCUUUCGUAUCCUGUCGGGGAUGAUUUUUAUCUUAAAGACCUUCACCCUAGGCGCCAAAGAGGAUGACGUGCGGGUCUCGUUGGACCUGCAGGAUCGGGUCAUCGAAGCCCUCCGGACCCACGUGGUAGACGACGUCCAUCUCAGCCACGCGAUCUCGCGCCUCCUGGAGCUGCUCACCACCAGCAUCCGCACGCGAUUCCUCCGAUUCGCCCCGCUGGACCGCGGCGGAGACGGCGAGGCGCCCGACCGCAACUCCGCGCCGGUCUCGCGUCCGCAUUCGCCGCGUCCGCGGGACGGUCCCGCCAGCCGACGGGAGGGCACGUCGAUGGCCCCGUGGACGCCGGCGCCCAGCUCGCAGAACCUCAGCUACAGUGACGGCACCGCGCCGCCCGCGCCCGCGCCACCCGCACAUCAACCUCAGCAGCAACAGCCACAGCAGCAGCAGCAGCAUCAGCAUCAGCAACAGCCUCCGCGACCGCCGUCACAGACAGGGUCAACGCCCAUCUCAGCCCACGAUCCCCUCGCAGGCAUCCCCGCACAGCCAAUCAACUCAUCCAACAUCAACGUCUCCUUCAUGCCGCCCCCGCCCUCAGUCUACUACAACUACUACGAUCCGCACGCGACGCCCCCCGCUGGCAGCGACCUCGACGGGCUGCCGCCAUCGCAGUCACUCAACGACCACGCGGCCGUCCUUCCGGAUUGGUUCGCGCUGCCGCUAGACCAGUUCUUCAACAGCUCGACGGCCGUCGUCGACCAGGGACUCGGCGGCACGGGACCGAUGGUCGGCGAGCUGGAUAUGUUGGAGGUGCUGCUGAACGAGCAGUAUGAUGGGAGUAAUAACCCGGCUGGAGAGGGUGGGGAGUCCGGGAUGUCACCGUUUGUUCCGUGA